CUCUAUAGCGCAAACAAGUCAUCUUUGCAGGCCGUGUGCGGUAUUGAGUGCCAGGAUGAAGACUAUGCCUCCUACAGUUUGGAUUUUGUCGUCUCUGCUUGUUUUUACGUGGCCGUGGAUCCUGCAUGGACUCGCUUUGCUGCCCCAGGAGAACUUUGAUGUGGAGCAGUUUGUGGGGAGGUGGUAUGAGGUGGCCGUGGUCUCUGAUUGUCCACAUUACACCAGCAAGAAGAAGGCAAACCCGGGUGUUGUUGCUUUGGACUUGAAGCGAUCGGAUCAUGUGAACCUCACAGUGACGUCCGCUACUUUCAGGAAUGGUUCAUGCCAGCAGACGUCCAUGCAGUACGCUACCACAGAGACAGCAGGGAAGUUUCUCUACUAUGUUGGAAGGCUCGGGGUGGACGUUGGCGCCUACGUGGUUCAUACCGACUAUGACGGGUACGCAAUGAUGGGUCUGCUGAGCACGGAGAGAACAUCACAGAACAAAACCACCAUCUUCAAACUUUAUACUCGAUCUUUGGAUGUGAGGCCUGCGGUGCUGAAAGACUUCAAGGUCCUGGUCCAAAAACAUGGAAUGAGAAACGACGACAUCAUCUUUAAUGAAACCAGAACUUUUCAUACGUGCAUAUGAAAAUUCAUGCAUCCUUGUUGACAUUUCUGAAAUUAUUAUGAACUCUUGUUACGGUCUGUAGCUGCCGGAAAAUAGAUUGACGGAUGACAAAGAUUACACAAGCACAUGACCGGAUGUGCAGCGACGGCGCCCUCUAUUGGUUAUCGUGAUUAUACAAAUGAUUUAUGGACAAUGAACUUACCCAAAUGGUCACAUGACUGUAUUUGUAAUGGAUGCCAGCCAGUGUGGCUGUGCAAGUGUACAUUGGCAAACCUCACCCCCUCAGCUUUAAGAGCUGCGCUGAACGUUGGGUCGACAGUCCAAGCGGUCAUCGCUCUCGUCUCCCAUUUUGAAGGUCAUGUGUUCAAUCCCAGCGGCAGGGCUGGCUGAAACAGGCGGGUUCUAUACAGUGUAGCCAGGUGUAAUUUACUAGCAUUAAAACAAGCAAAGGCUUAUUGGGCGGGUGGAUCCAGGUGUGUGUGUUCAUGUUUGGAUCCUAAAGUGGAACUAAGGGAACUAAGUGGAACAUCAACGACGAUGUACUUGAAUGUAAAACAGCACACAUUCAUUCGCUACUCAUUAA